AAACCAACACAAUUUCAAAACAAAAACACUAAAAUGACAUCACCAACACAAAACACCACAGCAGUCUCCGCCACCGCAGCCGCCACCGGAUUCCGGUGGAGUUCUCCCAUACCCUACUUGUUCGUAGGCCUGGCUUUAAUGCUAACCCUAAUAGCAUUUGCAUUAAUCAUCUUAGUAUGCACAUUCAAGAAACCCUAUUCUUCUUCUACAGAUUCAUCGGAAAACGGUACCGGUGAUCGAGAUAAGUCGUCGGUGCCCGAGUUUCACGUGGAACUACCGGUGGAAAUGGAGCAGAAGCUUGUUAUAGUCAUGCCCGGAGACAUCAACCCGACCUACCUUGCUAAGCCUGCUCCACCCACCGGCACUGACAACGUCGAAAAAAAUGUGUAGAUUUAAAAGUAAGACUAGAGGUUGUGUGAGUAACCUUAACUUUUUAGUUUUUUUUUUUUUUUUUUCAUUUCAUGUUUAUUUCGUUUCUCUUAAAAUUUUGCUUUGGUAGAUCCAGUGAAGUGUAAUUUUGGUAGAAUUAUGAAAAUACAAUUAUUUAUUUAUUUUACUCUAA